UUUAUGGCAGCUGGCAUCAUAAUUCUAAACAGCUGAGUUAUUAGCCAUUAAAACGGGAAAGAAAAACGACGGAAAGAUUUUAUAAAAAGAUCAGAAUCUUUGGAAAAAUUAAAGAAAAUUGGAAAAAGUAAUAGAUCAAUUAAAGAGAUAAAAAUAUUUUAAAACGCUGCGCUGCGUGUGUGUUGUGACUGUGUGCGUGCAUGUGAGGCGUGAGUAAUUGUAUGCGACACUAGCAAACACAGGAGUCAGUGACGCCAUUUUCUGUGCGAAUUAGCAGAAAAAAAUCUGAGCAGGUGGGGCAAAACAGACGCAACGGCAACGCCGCGUGACCAAUAACUGAGCAACGAAGAGAACGGACGCAUACAUAGGGGCAUUCAAUGAGCAGUCUAAUCAACUUUCUUAAUCCGAAACUAAAGCCCUCUGUGGAAUGCGAUGCCAUCUGCGAGGAUGGCUACACAGCUGCGAAUCUCAUAUCAGACAAUGAGGAGCACAUCGAGCGGGGGUUUAUGUGCUUCGCUGUAUGCAAGCCGCCCGUUGAUAUCGUCUUUGACUUUCCCAAGGCCAUCGAUCUGAAGGUAAUUAAGCUGUGGCACAGCUCCGGAGCUUUGCGCUCCACGGGCUUCGAGGUGCAUGGCAAAUAUGAUGGCAUUUGGGAGCGUGUCGCCUAUGUGCGUGACCUUCCAAAGGGUAUGGAUUCGGUAACGUUUUGCUAUCAAAGCGAUUACAAUUCGCGCAGCAGUGCCGCAGCCGCACAACAGCGCAGCGAAAAGGUAUUCUUUUUCAAGACGGCCCACAAGAUAUUGGGCGCAACGAACAGCGUUAAGAUUGUGAUUCGAGCUACAGAACGGUGUCCGCCUGUGCUGCGUAAAAUACAAAUGUGGGGUCUGCCUGCUCGCAGUCUAGAUAAGGCCGAUCGCGAGCUAAUGAAAACUAUAUGGAGCGAGAUAAGUGAUCCGUAUGGCCUCAGGGACCAAGCACAGCAGCAACAGGCAGGCCAGCGUUCGCCCUCGCGUCACAUUCCGGAACUACGCGAUCAGUCGAGGCUGGAGAUACCAGAGGAGUUUCUUGACUCUAUAACCUGGGAAUUAAUGAUAUUUCCCACGGUGCUGCCAUCUGGUAAAGUGGUCGACCAAUCCACCAUUGAUAAGCACUCGGAGGAGGAGGCCAAGUGGGGUCGCCUGCCUUCCGAUCCGUUCACGGGACUAGAAUAUACCUCACAACGCAAAGCAAUAUUAAACCUGGCGCUCAAGGCGCGUAUCGAAAAGUUUCUAAUGGAGCACUCGGAGCACUUUAAGUCUGCGCCUCGCUCGCUGGGCAGCUCGCGUAUGCGCCGCCGCCAUGCCUCUCAGUUCGCUAGCCACAUGUGCCUGCCGGGCAGCAUGAGCGUCGGCACCUAUUCCUCAUUGAGUAGCGGUUACAAGCAGCAACAACGCAAGACCAAGUCAACAGUCACUGCCACAGCCACAUCGGCAUUCUCAGGUUCCCUUUCCCCAACAUCGCCCCCCGCUGCUAAGCGCGCGCGACACAGCUACUCAGCGUAUACAGUUAGCUCCACUGUCACCGCCAGCAGUGCAGAUCAAUCGCCGACGACCUCAUCUGCUACAGGCACAACGUCUUCCAUUGACCAGGCCAUACAGCAGGCUCUGCAGAAGAUCACCCGCUUCACCCAAGUGGUACCCACGCAGCCCAUGCAGCCGCCUAGCUGCAUCAACUGCCGCAGCGGUCAGUUUGCCUACGAGAUUCGCACCUGUCGGCACCUGGUUUGCCGCGAGUGCCUCGUCAUCCUAUCGGCGGCGCAGAAGUGCGUGUGCAAGGUCUCUUUUCAAGGCGCUGACGUGGAGCGCUAUCACAAGCUGUCGUAGUCGUGCCUAUCCAUUCAGCAUAGUCUCGUAUUCUAGUGCUUCAAUAUAAUUAGGUUCGUGUAUAGGAUUUUUUGUUGCCAAUCUUCAAUCUUCAGAUACCAGCGAAGCGGCGCUAUUGGGCGUUCUGGCUUUACUUCUAAUUUAAUUGUAUUUUUUCUUCAUUUUAAAUAGUGUCUUCUAUUUUUUGAUUAUUGAGUUCGUAAGUUCGUAAAAAUAGGUCUUAGAAUAAUUUAUAUCAUAUCAGCGUCGAUUUUAGCAAGAGCUGAGAUUUUUUAUUCGAAGCCAAAUUACACUUGGAAUGACGGAUUGGAUGGAUGGAUGCUCAUUCCCAAUUAUCAGUAUCAGGUCACACUUAGUCGGCAAUGCGAUUAAACUUACAUUAUAUAGUAUAUGUAUAAUCAUAGAGCAGAUAAAGCGCGCAUAAUUUUUGUAGACUUUAUACAACCCACAAUUGGA